AUGUUUCUAGUAUUUCAUAGUCGUCUAAACUAUAGAUUAAUAAAAUCGCAUGCAAACAUAUGGGCGUUUGUUAAGUGUAUUCACGGAGAAGAAAACAGAUUUAAUUACUCAGUGAUCCAAAUGAACGGUGAUCUUUCAACUUGUCCAAUAACAAUUCAAAUAAAUGCUAUACAACAAAGACUCAAUACUUUAUAUUCACGUUAUGAACAUGGUGAUAUUGAUGCUAAUGAACUUUUCGAUGAACCAUCGUAUGCUAUUGCUAAAAAUAUUGUAUAA